AAUCACAGCUUACUGUAUGGUUCGGUAGAGAAAGCAGAGUCGGGCUCGCGGGCUGGUCCCAUCUCGCAGUGUUGAUGCUGUGUGUGCAUUGCAAGUAGCCAGCCAGCUAGCUAGUUUAGUCAGUUAGCCAGAUAGCAAACUAGUAGAUGGGAUCUGCCAAUCUCAUCGUACCAAUAAAGGAUGCCUUUAACGCAACAGUAGCCAAUGCCUGAGUACCAUUAAUACAUUUAACAUCUGCUGAAGCGACUGAAAAACUGCUGUAUACCGCGUCGAUUAUUUCCGCUAUAUCUGCUGACCAUCUAAAUUACUGUUGAAUGUAGCGUGCCGUUAGACAGAUAAAUAAGUAGUUCUAGCCGAGUAGCCUGAUACAAGUCAAAUUUCCCAGGCAGAGAACUGAACAGUGACUUCAGAAACAUCGCCUAAUCUAAACAGAGGAGUAGUUUUUAAGCUCACAAGUCUGGAGGAAGAAUGGUAUCAUGGAUUGUAUCACGAGGAAUCGUGCUUGUUUUUGGGACACUCUAUCCAGCGUACUACUCCUACAAAGCCGUCCGAACUAAGAAUGUCAAAGAAUACGUGCGCUGGAUGAUGUACUGGAUCGUCUACGCCCUCUACACCGUGGUGGAGGCCAUCACAGACACCUGCUUGUCCUGGUUUCCUCUGUACUAUGAGCUGAAGGUGGCCUUUGUGAUCUGGCUGCUGUCCCCCUACACCAGAGGGGCCAGUCUCAUCUACAGGAAGUUCCUGCAUCCGCUGCUGGCCUCCAGGGAACGAGAGAUUGAUGAUUACAUCGUGCAGGCCAAAGAGCGAAGCUACGAGACCAUGGUGAACUUUGGCAGGCAGGGCCUGAGCAUCGCCGCCACCGCCGCCGUCUCCGCAGCCGUCAAGGGACAAGGUGCCAUCAGCGAGCGCCUGAGGAGCUUCAGCAUGCAUGACCUGUCGCAGAUCCCGGCUGACGACGCGGCCGGCCCCCAUCAGUACCACCCCUCCAUGGCCAACCCCGGACACCGACGACCCAUCCACCCCUCCAAACUGACCAUCGACUCCACCGAUUACUAUGCGUAUGCUCCAGAGGAGGGCCAGGGGGACGAUGGAGACGGCAUCUUCUCAGAGGACGAGGCGUCUGUGCAGCGCGGCCUCAGGAGAUCCCAGAGCGUCAAGAUCACCCGAGCCAAGACGGCACGCAAAGAGCCCCGCUACGGCUCUCUAAAGGUGAAACCUAAGAGGAGAACAGCGAUCAACACGCAAACCUACGAAAUGCCUUGAAACUACCCCAAGACAGACACCCACGGGCCUAUGUACGUAGUACCCCCGAAACAAUGCUAUGAGAUGCCUUGAAACGACCGCACCCCAUGGGCCUACGACCCCCCCAGUACUCCCAAAACAACGCUUCACAAGAGCCAGGACAUAACUGUGUGUGUGUGUGUGUGUGUGCAUGGAGGCCACAUCUUUCCCAAUGCACAGCACAGACGACAGGUCUGUCCUCCACAGCUACUGUAUGUACUACCUAUACCUGUGCCUGCGCAGAAGACUUUACAACGGAAGACCUGGCCUGCACAUUCCAAAAGUAGGACCCGCAUCCAUAGGGGAGGCUCUUACUUACUGCACACGACACCCACGUUGAACUUUAUAAGAACACUCAGCCGCCUCACAAAAAGCUCCGCUGCAGCAACUGACACAUUUUAACUAAGAAAAAAGAAGAGGGAUUUACUGUAAAUUGUCUGUGUGUGUGUGUGUGUGCCUGUGCACACAUGAACGUGUGAGUGUGCAUCUGUACAUGCAGGCUUUGUGCAUGUCCGUGUGUGUUUAUGAUUGGUUGGUCUGACUUAUACGUUCCUUUUUUUCCGCUUACAAUGUUUACGGUUUUUUAUAUGGUCUUUUUUUCAAGCUGUUGACCAGAUUCACAUUUAAACAAUGCUGCCUUACUUUGUUAAUAUACUAAAAAAAACACACACAUUUUAAACACUAGCUGAUUUUUUACACUUUGUAUUUCACUGCAAUAAUAUAUUGCUUCUUUAUAUAACGCCAGCUAGAGAAUGUGUGCUUAAGAAUGUCAGGUAGGCUUUAGGCUUUGACAUGUUUGACAAAAAAAACACUCUAAGGAGGUGAGCAACCCGACCAACCAAAGUGUACAUUCACAUUCACACUUAUUGUACAAAAACGGCUGUCAGUCAGACUUGUUACUUUUUCCUCGGUUUUCUCUACUCUGUCGGUUUGAGGUUGAGGAACCUCGUGUCAUGUGACCUUGCUUUGCACAUGUAAACACUAACAGCACAGACAUGGCUAGCAGAUCCACAUAACAUGAUCUUUGGCCACGUUCACAUCCUGCCAUUUUUUUUAUUGACCCACACGCACACACAAACACACACACACACGGCACAAUGAAUGUAACACAUUCCCAGUCAGGUGCUGUUACUAUACUCACUGCAUCACAUCUGUGUGUGUGUGUGUGUGUGUGUGUGUGUGUGUGUGUGUGUGUGUGCGUGUGCGUGUGUGUGAGGGGACUGCUUUUAAAAACACUGGGCAGGUGUAUUAGUUCUCAGAUUUGAAGAUUGUGUCUCUGUGUGUGUGUCCAGUAUAAUGUUUAGAGAAAGGGCUCCAGUGGUAUUUCAGCACCCAGGGCCAUGGUCCUCCCUAAAAAGAAUCAAAGUAGGCCUUGAUACUAUAGGAUGAAUUCAGGUAAAUCGGGCCACUUUUUUCCAUUAACUAAUAUGCAAAAAAGUGGCCCAAUUUACCUGAAUUCACCCUAUGUGUUGCCAUUGGCUCCCCUUCCCCUCAGAGCCCUCUGCACUCUCUUAUGGUCGUCACCUGACCUUUCCAUUUACAGUCAGACUCUGAGUCAGGGUGCAUUCCUUUUUUUGUUGUUGUGAAGUUUACCUUAGUAAUAUUAGUCCUAAACCAAACUGGAAAAAAUAUCUUCAUUAGACUGUUAAACUUAAAAAAAAAAAAAAUGCAUUGUCAUUUCUUUUAAAAAGUAAUGACAAUGCAAGGUAUGCAAAUUGUGAAGUAUUAUACAAAUGUGUUUUUGGACCUGUUUUUAAUACCUUUUUUAAAGUAUCCUAUUUCCAGAAAAGAAAUUAUGAUUUCACACUGAGACCAAAGCUGUAUUCAAUUUUGUGUAAUAAGAGCGAAAGAGAGGGAAAUGAAAAAAGCUGAGGACCAAGAAGCACUGAGUCUUGAAAAGAAAGUGUUGCACCGAGUGUUGCUUAGUAGUAGCGCUGUUAAUAAAGUGUGAGUAUCUUAACAUCUGGAAA